CUCUGCUUGCCCGCCUCCGCCGUUGUUGCACCUGUAACAGAGGCAACUGGUCCCUGGAGCAGCUAAGAGCAGCGGCGCCGCGCGGGACAGUCCUUGCUUUUCUCUGAGCUCGGGGAUAUGAGCCCCACAGCCACCUGAAGCACAGGGGGCGCCACGCGGCUAGGACCGCGCCCCCGAAGUCCUGUCCCCCUAGCCUCCACACUGCGGGACGCCGGCAGCCGACUCCGGCGGAGGCAUCUUCGGAAGAGCAGCGGGUGGGGGCAUGGAACCCACCACGCCAACCAGUCAGGCCCGGGCGGCGGCCACCAAGCUGUCGGAAGCGGUUGGAGCCGCGCUACAAGAGCCCCAGAGGCAGCGGCGCCUGGUGCUGGUCAUCGUGUGCGUUGCACUGUUACUGGACAACAUGUUGUACAUGGUCAUCGUGCCCAUUGUUCCCGACUAUAUCGCCCACAUGCGAGGGGGCAGCGAGAGCCCUACGCUGGCCUCUGAGGUGUGGGAACCCACCCUGCCGCCACCCACUCAGGCUAAUGCCAGCGCCUACUUGGCCAACACCUCGGCGUCCCCGACGGUUGCCGGCUCUGGUCGGUCAAUCCUGAGGCCUCGCUACCCCACAGAAAGUGAAGAUGUGAAGAUAGGGGUGUUGUUUGCCUCUAAGGCCAUCCUGCAGCUUCUGGUGAACCCCUUGAGCGGGCCUUUCAUUGAUCGCAUGAGCUACGACGUGCCGCUGCUUAUUGGCCUGGGCGUCAUGUUCGCCUCUACGGUCAUGUUUGCCUUUGCAGAGGACUAUGCCACUCUCUUCGCUGCGCGCAGUCUACAAGGCCUGGGCUCAGCCUUCGCGGACACGUCUGGCAUCGCCAUGAUCGCCGACAAGUAUCCAGAGGAGCCUGAGCGCAGUCGUGCCCUGGGCGUGGCACUGGCCUUCAUCAGCUUUGGAAGUCUGGUGGCGCCACCCUUUGGGGGCAUCCUCUACGAGUUCGCCGGCAAACGUGUGCCCUUUCUAGUGCUCGCUGCCGUGUCGCUCUUCGACGCGCUCCUGCUGCUGGCGGUUGCUAAGCCCUUCUCGGCUGCGGCUCGGGCGCGGGCCAACCUGCCUGUGGGCACACCUAUCCAUCGCCUCAUGCUGGACCCUUACAUCGCUGUGGUAGCCGGCGCGCUCACGACCUGUAACAUUCCCCUUGCGUUCCUCGAGCCCACCAUAGCCACGUGGAUGAAGCACACAAUGGCGGCAUCCGAGUGGGAGAUGGGCAUGGCUUGGCUGCCGGCUUUCGUGCCGCACGUGUUAGGCGUCUAUCUCACCGUGCGCCUAGCGGCGCGCUAUCCACACCUGCAGUGGCUGUAUGGCGCUCUCGGGCUGGCGGUGAUUGGAGUGAGCUCGUGCGUCGUGCCUGCCUGCCGCUCUUUCGCGCCGCUUGUGGUCUCGCUCUGCGGCCUCUGCUUCGGCAUCGCGUUAGUGGACACGGCGCUGCUACCCACGCUCGCCUUCCUGGUGGACGUGCGCCACGUAUCAGUCUAUGGCAGCGUCUAUGCUAUAGCUGACAUCUCCUACUCUGUGGCCUACGCGCUAGGGCCCAUAGUGGCAGGCCAUAUCGUCCACUCCCUUGGCUUUGAGCAGCUCAGCCUUGGCAUGGGCCUGGCCAACCUGCUCUACGCACCGGUCCUACUGCUCUUGCGUAACGUGGGUCUCCUUACACGCUCGCGUUCCGAACGCGAUGUGCUGCUUGAUGAACCCCCGCAGGGUCUGUACGAUGCGGUGCUCCUGCGUGAGCGUUCGGUGCAGGGCACUGACGGCGGUGAACCUUGCAGCCCGCCUGGCCCUUUUGAUGGAUGCGAGGACGACUACAGCUACUACACCCGCAGCUAGCAGACCCGCUUCUCCAGGCCACCAACCCUCCCCAUUUAGGUCAAGGUGGUCAUUCUGCAAGAGCACUGGCCAACUAUGUCUUGGGGUCCACCUCCUCCAGCAAGUACUCUAGUACCCUCCCCAGUCUUGACUUCCCUUGCUGGAGUCCCUUCUCGGUGUCCCAUCUCAAUCUAACUCCCCUCCCCAUCACAAUCUCUUAUCCGUUGAGGGAAUAAAGUGGGGGGGGCAUGAGAAGCUAGCUAUUGGCCUCCUGGCAGAGGCGAAGAGGUGUGCGGGCGAAAACCGACCACCGACCCAGUGCCCC